CCCCGCAAAAGUAGUCUCGCGUAAAGAUGUCGUCGUGCUUAUAUUGAAGCCCCCCGGGGCUUCUUUGGGAUGGCUGCAGUGCGGCUUCACAAACAUAUUCUGCCCUUCGAUCAAGGCUUUAUUCGAUAACCCCUCAUCUGCAGGUCACAAGUCCGACAACCUGUCCUCCAGUCAUUAUAUCUUCGCCAUGACAGACAGAUUGGAAAAGCAAGAGGCCUCAAGCGCGACAAUGAUCGAGCACGUGGCCACCGACAAUGACCUUCAGCUCGGUGAAAGUCUAAUCGAGAAAGACCGUAACAGUUCUUUGUGGGCCUCAGCCAGGUCACACAAGCUGAUCCUGCUCCAUUCAAUUGCUGCGUUCCUGGCUGGAGGAGUCUUCGGCUACGACAGCGUCAUCAACGGAGCCUCGAUUUCCAUGCCUGCUUUCCUUCUUUACUUUGGCGAGCACACCGCAGAUGGGUCGUUGUUUGUCCCUUCCAUCUGGGCGUCGAUGUGGACUGCGAUGUCGUAUUUGCUUCAAGCCAUCGGCGGAUUCAGCAUCGGAUUUGUUUCUGACCGUAUUGGUCGCAAGUGGGCUUGUGUGGCUGCCGCUUGCGUCUCCAUCCUAGGUGUCGGUGUUCAAUUCGCAGCCACAAACCGAGGCAUGCUACUCGGUGGAAAGAUGAUUAACGGCCUCGCCAUUGGUUGCAUUUUUGCCUCCGCCACGUCAUGGGCAUCCGAAAUAUCUCCUCUACGCCUUCGUGGUCCCAUUCAAUCCGGCAUCGUUUUGUUUAUGGUCUUGAUGCAGGCAAUUGGGCUGGUUACAAUCCGCGUGUACAUCACGAACAUAUCGCCGUCAGCUUUCCGCACCGUCUUCGCACUGCAAUGGAUCUGGCCUGCGGCUGCUGGUCUGGCUUUUAUCGCCAUGCCCGAGUCGCCAACCUUCCUUGUGCAGAGAGGCAAUAUCGAUGGGGCCAAAAAGGCCUUAUCUCGUCUCUACGGAUCAAGUAAUCACAUUGAUGCUCGUAUUGCAGUGCUACGCCGGCAAAUCGAGCAGGAGCUCACACAGGCUGAAUCACAUGGUAGCCCCAGCUACCUGGAGUUGUUCCGCAGCACAAACAUCAAGCGAACUCUCACCGUCAUGUGGCUCUUCCUUGCUGCCGGGCUCAAUGGCGCAUCUCUACUGUCCCAGAACACAUACUUCCUCAUCAUUGCUGGGCUUCCUGCUGUGCAUGCAUUUGAUGUCGGCAUUGGUGGCUUUGGUCUGGCCAUCGUCGCAAUCAUUUUCAGCUGGUUCUAUAUGGAGAAAUUUGGCCGCCGCUCCAUCUGGCUCGCUGGAGUGGCUGUCAACAUCACCAUUAUGGCAGUGAUUGGAGGCCUCUAUUACUCCACCUCUAAAACCAGUCUAUGGGCUGUUGCGGUUCUCAUGAACGUAUUGAUCGCGUGGCAACUCCUUACCAUGACCUCCAUUGGAUGGGUAAUCACUUCAGAAAUUUCAUCAUACCGCUUACGCGCCAAGACACAAUCGAUUGGAGUUAUAUCAAACGCCGCGACAACGUGGCUGUUCUCAUUUACGGUCCCUUAUAUGUACAACACCGACUCUGGCAACCUUGGUGCUCGCACUGGGUUCGUAUUUAUGGGCAGUUCGGUACUUCUCAUGAUAGGCUCCUGGUUCUUGGUUCCGGACCUACACGGAUUCACCACCGAUGAGGUCGACUGGCUGUACUCGCAGAAGAUUCCGGUCAGACACUUCCAGCAAUAUGCUGAUGGAAGAGCGAGAGAUGGUGCAGCAAUGAGAGGCGAGUCCACCGAAAAAUGAGAACCAUCACGGCAACGGAGAUGUAGCAUGGACAGUAUGUACUUGUAGACGGGUGUUGGGUUACUUCGUAUCGAUGCGAGAAA